AUGGUGAAAGAUGAAGUUGACAAGACUCGAAAAUUUGUUUCCUGCCUUAAUGAUCGAAUAAGGCCGUUGAUAACGGCACAAUUCGUCAAGGUCUAUUCUAAGGCAGUAGAGAGGGCUUUGAUGCUGGAGGCUGAUAUUAAAGACAAGGAUGUAAGGAGGGAACAGUGGAAGCAAAAGAGAGUUGGGGUUUCAGUGUCUUUGAACAGAGUUGUGCGGGAUUGUUCCAUUGUGAUAGUUGGAUGGACUUUUAUGUUUGAUCUUAUCCUCUUGGAGAUGACUAGCUUUGAUGUCUUUCUCUGGAUGGAUUGGUUAGCUUUCUUUCGUGCCACAAUUGAUUGUUUCAAAGGGAGAGUCACAGUUUACACUCCUAAGGGAGAUUGUUUCUUUUUCAUGAGAGAUCGGAGUGAUUCCCAGCCUUCAUCGUUGUAUGGAAUUCGAGAACAAAGUCAUGGAGAUUAUUUCUUGUCUAGUUUUCUAGCCAAAGAAGUUGAUGUUGUGGGAGAAGACUAUCCGGAGGUAGUUCGUGAUUUUUUGGACAUGUUUCCAGAGGAUUUGACAGAGUUGCCUCCACACCGAGAAGUAGAGUUUAUUAUUGACUUGAUGCCCGGUAUCGCGUUGAUUUCUAUAGCACCGUAUCGUAUGGCACCAGUUGAGUUGGAAAAGUUGAAGAAACAGCUUGAUAAUUUGAGGAUGAAAGCUUCUAUGACUCGAUUGACCCGAAAAGGAAUUAAGUUUCUGUGGAAUGAAGCCUAUGAAUCGUCUUUUCAGGAAUUGAAGACAAGGUUGACUACGGCUCCAAUACUGCCUACUCUUGUUGUAAGGGUGAUUGAGUCGCAGAGACAGGAUCCAGAUUUGGAUGCCAUUCAUGCUUUAAUCUCUAGUGGUGAGACAGUAAAAGAUUGGAACUUGCAUGCAGAUAGGGGUCUACAAUUCAGGGGUUUGUUAGUGGUUCCCACAGUUUGUCAGGAGGACGUCUUACGGGAGUUUCAUACUUCCCGUUUUGCAGUUCAUCUAGGUGGUACUAAAAUACAGAGACUGCUCACAGCUCAAAGCCGACAAAAAAGCUAUGCAGAUAGGCAGAGACGACUGCUAUCUUUUGAGGUGGGAGAUCAUGUUUUUCUGCGGGUUUCUCCAUGGAAGGGUUUGAUGAGGUUUGGGAAAAGUGGCAAGUUGUCGCCACGAUUCAUUGGAUCGUUUAAGAUUUUGGACCGUGUAGGAGAAGUUGCCUAUAGACUUGUUUUACCACCACAGAUGGACAGGGUUCACAAUGUCUUUCAUGUAUCGAUGCUGCGGAAAUAUGAACCGGAUCCAUCUCAUGUUUUGGAUUGGGUUGACGUGAUUAUUGACGAAGAUGUCUCCUAUGAAGUGGGACCAGUGUAG